UCAUUUCUACCAAAAACAGUGAUUGAUCAGGUUAGUGAUGUCUGACUGCUAUUAUUUUCAACACAACUGUAUACACUAUAUUGCCAAAAGUAUUGGGUUAACCCUCCAAAUCAUUGGAUUCAGGUGUUCCAAUUACCUCCAUGGCCACAGGCAUGCAGACUGCUUCUACAAAACAUUUUUGAAAGAAUGGGUUGCUCUCAGGAGCUCAGUGAAUUCAAGCGUGGUGCCGUGAUUGCCACCUGUGCAUUAAGUCCAUUCGUGAAAUUCCUUGCUACUAAAUAUUCCAUGGUCAACUGUUAGUGGUAAUAUAACAAAGUAGAAGCAACUGGGAACCACAGCAACUCAGCCACAAAAUGGUAGGCCAUGUAAAAUGACAGAGUGUGGUCAGCGCUUCCUGAAGCUGUGCGCAGAAGUCGCCAACUGUCUGCAGAGUCAGUAG